ACUGCCUUCACCCAGCAAGACAGCUAAAAAAUGAGGGUGCUCGUGGCGUGUGUUGGCGUGGUGUUGGUGUUGGGCGUGUGCUGUGCUGCGCCCGACAGUUCCAGCCACUCGUCCUCGUCCUACGGCAACGGCGCGGGAAACGGAGGAAACGGAGGCCUUGGAGGAAAUGGAGGCAGCUACGGAGGAAACGGUGAUGGAUACGGAGGAAACGGAGGAAACGGUGGUGGUUAUGAAGGAAACGGCGGAGGGAACGGUGGUGGAUACGUAGGAAACGGAGGAAACGGUGGUGGUUACGGAGGAAACGGCGGAGGAAACGAUAAUGGUUACGGAGGAAACAGCGGAGGAAACGGACGAACUGCCACCGGCUAUGCCGUCUUCAACCUUCUGCCUAGUCAAGGAGGCUACGGCGGCUCCAACGGCGGCUCCAACGGCGGCUAUGGCGGCUCUAAUGACGGCUCCAACGGCGGCUCUAACGGCGGCUCCAACGGCGGCUAUGGCGGCUCUAAUGGCGGCUCCAACGGCGGCUCCAACGGCGGCUAUGGCGGCUCUAAUGGCGGCUCCAACGGCGGCUAUGGGGGCCCUAAUGGCGGCUCCAACGGCGGCUCCAACGGCGGCUCCAACGGCGGCUCCAACGGCGGCUAUGGCGGAUCUAAUGGCGGCUCCAACGGCGGCUAUGGCGGAUCUAAUGGCGGCUCCAACGGCGGCUAUGGUGGCUCUAAUGGCGGCUCCAACGGCGGCUAUGGCGGCUCUAAUGGCGGCUCCAACGGCGGCUAUGGCGGCUCUAAUGGCGGCUCCAACGGCGGCUAUGGGGGCUCUAAUGGCGGCUCCAACGGCGGCUCCAACGGCGGCUAUGGCGGCUCUAAUGGCGGCUCCAACAGUGGCUAUGGUGGCUCUAAUGGCGGCUCCAACGGCGGCUAUGGUGGCUCUAAUGGCGGCUCCAACGGCGGCUAUGGCGGCUCUAAUGGCGGCUCCAACGGCGGAUAUGGUGGCUCUAAUGGCGGCUCCAACGGUGGCUAUGGUGGCUCUAAUGGCGGCUCCAACGGCGGCUAUGGCGGCUCUAAUGGCGGCUCCAACGGCGGCUAUGGCGGCUCUAAUGGCGGCUCCAACGGCGGCUAUGGCGGCUCUAAUGGCGGCUCCAACGGCGGCUAUGGCGGCUCUAAUGGCAGCUCCAACGGCGGCUAUGGCGGGUCCAAUGGUGGUUCCAGUGGGUACGGAAAAUAAAGGAAUCGAGUAAAACAGAAAAGAGACAAUUUUCCAGUAUUUGAACUAAAUAUCAUUCGACGGUGACUUUUCUAAUAAUUAUACAUGCUAUCAAUAUCUUUUCUUCUGCGAUCAGCUUGUCACUUAUCUUUCAAAUUUUAAUCAUGGCCGUGCUACCUUAUUUCGGUCACUUGUAUGUAUUUUUUUUUUCUUUAUCGGCUUCCAUUACGCUUCUUGACAAUGUUUCUACCUCUAUCUCUCCAUGUUAUUGGGAGGCAGUGGCUGAGUGGUUAGCGUGCGGACGUGGCGUCUUGGAGGUCCCGGGCUUGAGUACUGUUCGCUUCUACAAGUUGACAAUUUUCAGUCAUCGCCGAGUGGCCUAAGACUAACCAUGCUCCCCUGUAGACCAUCUUGCAACUCAGACUCUGAAUUAUCGCUAGAAGAGAAUGAAGUCAGGGAGACAACUUGAUCCAAGCAAGAUGGCCUACGCCAUAACGGACUGGGGUCGACUACCAAGCCCCACUAUGAAACCCUAUCGGCGCCAUAGCCGGAAUGUAAAGAAGAAGAAAAAAAGUGUUACUCCAGAUGUAUACGUCUUCAAGCAGUGUAUAGAAGUGACAUCAAAGUUGUAAAUUA